AAAUCGUAACCUGACCCAUGUAAAAAAAAAAAAAGCAAAAAAAAAAAACAACUAACUAUCCGUAACUCAUAAAAUCAAGCACAAGUUAAGAUCUGUGUGGAAUCAUGGAUUGUAUCAAUGCUAAAUAUGUAUCACAGAAGAUUAGUAAAACGCGAUGGAGACCCGUUUCAGCGUCGUCAUUACAACAGCCUGAGUUACUGGCUACAGGAUCGUGGGACAACGAGGAUAAUAAAGUUUCCAUCUGGUCUGUCGGAGAGAAUGGAGGGUCUAAUAUGGAGGAUGAAUUUGAGAGAUCCCAGUUACUGUGGCGAGUGUGAACCAGCGGCGACGUGCUGGACCUUCAGUUUCUGGAUCAAGACAGGCUAGUUACAGCAUCUUCCUCAGGAGCGGUGACUAUCUAUAAUCUCAAGUCUGAAAGCCAGACUCUGUCUGUGCUGCAUACAUGGGAGGGGGCACAUCACUACCAGUGUGCCAGGGCGCCAUGCACCGCGGUGGUUUGCAGCAGUCCGGAGCUGGUGUCCGUUGGCGAGGACGGGAGGGUGGUCCUCUACAAAGCCGACCAGAGCAGGAUCGUUCGCACCAUCGAAAACGCGGAUAGUAGCACAAUCCAUGCGGUGACUUUUCUUCGUACGGCUGAAGUGCUGACGGUGAAUUCUAUUGGACAGCUGAAGCUGUGGGACUUGAGACAGGGCAACGAGCCUGCACAGAUCCUUACUCUCACGGGGGACAGAGUGCCCUUGCACUGUGUGGACAAGCACCCAAACCAGCAGCAUAUAGUGGCCACGGGAGGCCAGGAUGGCAUGCUGUGCAUUUGGGACGUGAGGCAGGGCAGUGUGCCCUUCUCUCUGAUGGAAGCCCACUCUGCUGAAAUGUGGGAGGUGCAUUUUCACCCAUCAAACCCAGACCACUUGUUCACCUGCUCGGAGGACGGCUCCCUGCUGCACUGGGAGACCUCGUCUGGGUCAGACACACCCUCCUUCCUGCAGGGUCGCAAUAGCAGCAUGAUGUCACGCAGCGCCACGGCACCAGCGGGAGGAAACCAGUCGCUCAUCAGUGCGUGGCUCAGUGGUGACUCCAGUAAGGGCCGGUUGGAGACCACCCACAUGCUGCCCAGCCAGACGCUGUCCGUCAACAGCCUGGAUGUCCUCGGACAGUGCUUGGUGUGCGGGACUGAUGGGGAGGCCGUGUACAUACACAGACGGGUCCUUGUAUGAUGUGGGGGAUUAAUGGAUUUUGAUAAUUGUGACGAAAUGCGCUUUUGACUAGCUGUUUUUUCCCCCCCCCCACUGUUCAGUGCACUUGCAAAAAAUAAAACGAUAUCUUCUUGCUA